UCGUCGGCCUACGCAAAAGUGCCUCAGUGGGGAUCGAUAAGACAAACCUAAAUCUCGUUUCUUGCUCCCGCCGGCAGAACCGUUGGUGGAACGGCCAGCCACCACCAUGGGCAAACCAUCCGACUUUGCAGACAUACUCAAUGGAGUCAUGUGGUUCCAGGUCUUUUUCGCCACCCUCUUCAUCGCCCUGCGACUCUACACACGACAAUUCGUCGUGAGGAAUUUCGGGUGGGACGAUGUGUUGAUGUUGGUCAAUCUGGCUACUUUUAUUGGCUUUGUGGCCUGCAUAUCCGUUGGGAUCCAAUACGGCGUUGGGAAAAAGACGGCUGAGAUCAUACGUCUCGAUCUGAACUACUCAAAGGCCAUCAUGUGGGAAGCGAUUGGCCAGGGCAUCUGCAUCAUGGGAAUCGCCGCCUCCAAGGGCUCUGUGGCGCUCUUUCUGCUGCGCAUCGUUGUCAAGACAUGGCAUGUGGCCAUCCUCUGGUUUUGCAUCGCGACCACUACUAUACUCUGCAUCAUCACGACGACGCUGCUGUACACCCAGUGUGUACCAGCGGCAUUCCUAUGGGACCGUACAAUCAAAGGGGGCUAUUGUUGGCUCAACUUCACUCGAGUUGGUCUGACCAUGGGCGCAUGGUCCGCGUCUAUGGACUUUGUCCUUGCUAUUCUUCCCUGGCAUGUUCUUAUGAGCCUCAAUAUGAAGAGGAAGGAAAAAAUCACCAUCGCCGCGGGUCUUUCACUCGGAAUCUUUGCGGGCGCAUGCUCUGUUGUCCGUACUAUUGAGCUGCAGUCCCUGAGCUCAGCCGAUAACUAUGUCUACGACACCGCCAGCAUGCUUCUGUGGUCUUCUUCCGAAGUCUGCAUGACCAUUGUCUGCGCCUGCAUCCCCGUCCUCCGUCCACUUUAUGUCCGCGUCAAAUACGGUUCGCGUGGCGAGUCAUCCAACAAGGACUCUUAUCAUCUCAAGGAAUACUCAAAGUCGAAGACCAGCCGUGGAGGCAACAGCUCACAUGCCAACAAGAUAUACAUGGGUCCUGGCGAGAGCGUGCUCCAAACCACUGUGCGGAUGGGCAGCGACACGGCGAGUGAGGAGACGAUCCUGCGAAACUGCAACGAGUCGAGAGGAAAUGCAGGUACAUCGUUGGAUUACGGCCCGGGCCACAAAGAGGCCAAGGAUAUUCAUGUUACCACGACGGUAACUUCGAGGGACGACUAUGUAUGAACC